AACUUUGUUUUAUUUAUUUAUUUAUUUAUUUGGGCUUGUUAUAGAGUGGUUUCACACAACUGUAAAGUAGGCGUUUGCAGGCCAGAACUCGCAAACGGUUAAAAACUUUAAGGAGUAUUAGCGAAAAGCCGUCUGUUGGUGCAAAUCUUUACAUCACGCCUGUAAUUUCGGAGUCCCUCCGCUGAACUGGAGCCUGAGACCUAAUUUGCGGACAUUUUCCGAGGUAGUUAGCUGCUGGUGGUCGAUAAAUAAAUAGACGGCAGUGGAAAGCUAAUGGGGAUAGUUAGAUGAACACGCCCAUGCCCCAUGUGAUGAGACCUUGUGGUGUUGAGUCACAGACAUGGACAGCUUCCGAAACCUGGAGGAAGAGACGUUUCCCAGCUUCUUCUCCAACACGUCUUUGGGCAGCGAUGGCCGGGCCACUCUGGGUGAUGUUACACUGGGCUCCACUCUCGGGGUGCCCAUGGCUGCUUCUACUGUGGCUAAAAGUAGAGCUACAGCAGACAACAGGUUAACUGAUGUCCAAGCAUCUUACUUGGAGCCUGGACUAGUUUUUCAAGCAGGUUCUCAAGGCUCAGGUUGUGGGAGGGAAAAGUUUGCUCUCAGCUUUAAAGAUGAUUUGGACAAUGUAGAUGACUUCAUAGCUGCUAAUCGUUUUUCAGACCUGUUGGUGAAGGUUAAUUUAGAUGAGUCAGAAUCUGUGUCUACGUCUAAAGCUGCCGUAGAAGUGGGAGCUCCCUCUGUAUCUGCUCGGCCCUCUGAUUACCCUGAUGAUAUUUCCACUGGCCUAUUGACAGUUUCUCAUAUUGGAGGUAAAGAAACCAUUACUGGUCAGGCUGUGUUAGCUCCAAUACCCAUAGAAGAGGGUCCAGAGAGUGAUGCAGUGGACAGUGAUGGGAUGAGUGGCAGUGUCUCAAGCUUCCUGGCUAAUGAGAAGCUCAUGUCACUGGACAGCAUGAACAGUGAUAUUACAGAUGAUGAUAUUGAUGUAGACAGUCUGCAUGAUGAGGAGUUGCAGCUAUACUUCAACAAGCUCAUUCCUCCAGCCAUGCAGCGAGGUCGAGUGGAGGGCCAAGAGAUCCCAGCUGCUGAAUUACCAGACAAUCAAGUUGGUUCAUCUCAACCCCUUGUUACUGGUCCAGAUACAUCGCCCCAAAACCGAUGUAACUUUCUCAAUGACUAUGAUAAGGGGGAUUUUUGCAUGCCUGAUGUGCGGCUGGCCGCCACAGGUAUGGACUCUUGUCCUGCUAGUGAUGAAGAUACUGAGGAUGAGCUGGAAGCCUCGCAGAACCGUAGCAGAACCCGAUUUCUGUUGCCAAGCACCUCCAGACAUCUGGUUGGGGAAAGCCAUCAGCCUCAUUUUAGGCCAGGCCUGGUAGGGGGAAGCUCAGAUGAUGAGUCUCAGACAGGUGCUCAAUUUACAGACUCCAGAACAGGCAUUGAACACCGGUGCUCUGCUGAGGGACAAGUGAUUGACUUGCCAAUAACAGGAGAUGGUGGAGGGGGUGAUGGGAGCAGCGGUAGUGAGGAGGAUGGAAAUGAUGGGGGUGUAGCUACAGUCCUCCCACCCACUGGUGUCCAGACCACAUAUGACGUGCUACGGGGACUGGGAAUCGUGGGAGGAAGUGGGACAGGCGAGGAUGAACAUCAGUUACUCUCACAGCUCCCUGGAUUAGGCCGAUUUGUCUCAAAUGUGCAUAGCCAGAUGGGAGACCGUGUGGGCCCAGUUGGAACAGUUGAAACUGAUUCUUCAGUUCAAAGUUCUGGACAGACCAGGCUUCAGUUUAUAAACCAGAGUAUGAAUCAGGACAGGCAAGAGGCUCUGAAUGCUAUGGAUAGUUCACACUCGGGUGCAACAUCUCUGGAAGAACGCUUUGACUCCAUUUACCUUAGGCCUGGUGGUGUCUGUAACCUACAGGACUCCACUUCAGGUGCUUCUGCCCUUCAAGGCACUCAAAAUGCUUUUGAAUUCUCUUUUACCAAAAACCCUUUUGGAGAGACCAAAGCAGGAAUCAACAAAGGGCAUACCAUUGACUUUGGUGAUCUAGGUCUCUGUGGAGGCCUUUGUAGGAAUUCUGUCAGUCUUGGCCAACACCCACACAGCAGUGAGGAACAUCCAGGAGAAUCUGUUGAAGUAAAGUUCCACUCUCAAAAUGUCCAUCAGAAUGAAGUUGAGCAGAGUAAUAUUUGGAAUGAAGGAUCACGUCCCGACGAUGUGGAACUGGAGUUCCAACAAGGUGCCAAUGCUACUCAUAGUGUUGUCUACCAGAAUGAGGAUGGGAAAUGGGUGACUGAUCUAGCCUACUACUCCUCUUUUGAAAAGGAGACAAAUGUACCUGAUGAUAUUGCAAACCAGUUGCAGUCUGAGGAAUUUGUUGGUGGUGGCCAGGCUAUGGAAAAGAUUAUUGUGGAUCAAGAGGAGUUUGAGAAAGAGCACCAAUUCAUGCAGGAGGAACAGAUAGAAGCAGUCAAUAGAAGUGUGCUUCUUGGUGACACAUCUUGGAAACUUCCUGCUAGUAGCCACAUUCUGAUGAGAGCCUCCCAAGUCUCAACUGAGUUUGAAAAGGAGAACCAAAGUUAUUUGCGUAUUUCCCUGGGAGAAUUUUUUCAGCAGCGAUCUGAAGCUUUGGGCUGUUUAGGGAGCAGAGAAGAAGACAUUAAAAGGCCUUCAUUUGGUUAUAUCAUCAACUCUCCAGAGAAGAGGGAGCCCUUUGCUUUGAUUAGGCCCUCUGAUUUCUCUUCUAGAGGAAGUUCUGUUCGCAGUGAAACGGUCCAGCUCAGUGAUGCGGAUGAGACCAUGAAUCCAGAGGAUUUGGAGAAGACUCUUGAGCCUACACCAGCUGAGCAGCCACUAAAGGGUCAUGCAGACCCAAAAGAUGUCCAGAUUUCACCUGUGUUAUCACUGGAUCAUAAGGGGAAUUCCAGUCAAAGUUCUGAAUCAAACUCUAGUGGAAGUUUAACACUUAGUAUCAGCACAAUUGCAUCUGCCAUUGCAGAUGCCUCAAUCAGCUCAGACCCUGCCCAGCUUGCAGCAAUGAUCAUGGAGUUAUCCAAAAAGAGGCAUUCUAAAAGCAGAAGAACAGAUGAGCUUGUUCAGACCCCUCACCCUAAAAAACUACUUCAGCAGGAUGACCUUCAGAAAAGCUUAUCCCUGGGUGACCUGAGUGCUCUUGACAUGGAGAAAUACCUGAAAAAGGCAGAAGUAUCUAGCAGUGAUAGUGAUGCUUCCAGCUCCCAUUCCUGUCUUGACAUUCUCAGCUUGGCAGACAGUCUUGCUAACUCUUGCAGGUCUACAGAGAGACAGACUCCUUUACCAAACAGCAUCACUCUUCAUGCAGAAGAGCAUUCAACUCCAAAAGACAUUGUAAAGAAAAGUCUGGUUUCACCGAAUAACUCAUCCAAACAGUCUACAGAAGUCGUGUCCGAAGUUAAGAGGUCUGAUGCAAAGAGAAGUUAUAUUCCACGACCGAAGACUAGCUGCAUUCCAACACCCACAGCUCACCCACCCAGGAGAUCAGCAGGUGCAGGACAGUCGUUGACAUCAUCAACGAAUAUAAAGACUAAACCUGUGCAAGGCAAGUCAGAAAGAAGCAAAAGUGACUGCCACGUACCAACACCUGCAGGAAACCGGAGUUGCUCAGAGUCCAGGGUCGAAAUGAGCACAGCUCGACCACAGGUUUCUGGAAUGUGUCACUCAUUAAAAAGCAAUGACCCAAUAUCAGACUCAAUGGCUGCCCCCAAAAACUCUCAAACUGGUGGAUGUUCGGAGUUACCUAUGCAAAGGAGCUCGCCACACACACCCAAAAGCAAAAAUUAUAUGAAGCAGAAUGGGACGUCCUGCUCUGAAGAGGCACAAUCCGUUAGGAGCCCUCAAGCUACUCAGACUCUUGGAAAAGAGAAACAGACAUUUGCUGCACAGAGUUCUUUUCCAACCACUGAUGCACAAUUUGCCUCACCUGAGCGCUGUACUUCUGGUGUUGUGGAGGCUAGCCAUUGCACCUUUAGACCAUCCACCUCUCCACUUACUCAUUCAAGCCCAAGCCAGACUUCACUGCUUAGUGGAUAUGGAGACCUUUCUCCGUCCUCUAGUAGUGGUAUGUGUGAGAGAAGUCCUGGGACUGACCCCCUGUCACCUCAGUCUCACUGUUCUAGUCCAUCCAUGAGCAGGCUCACCUACCUCUCUAUUAAUGAGAACACUACACUCCCCACACCUAAUCAUCAUCAGAAAAAUAAUUCCAUGUCCUUGAGUACCACCAUCAUCAGAGCAAGUCCCACCCCACCAAUGGAGCCUGUUGAUGCAAAUAAACCUAUCCAUCAGACCCAUAAUGGAGACCUGAGUUCACGAUCAUCUUGUCCAUCAACCAAUCCUGGCUCAAAUCAACAGACCUCAGAACAUGGCUCACGCAUCCAAAAUGAGUGCCAUAUCCACAAGGACUGCAGGCAUGAGUGCCGGCCAGUGAAUCGUCAGUCCGAGUCUCACCCAAGUCUGUACGCUCGGGUUGACUCUGGUUAUUCCAGCAACCUCAACAUUAACAAUCAGCCUGCUGGACCAAUGGAGCAGAAUACUAACAAAGUCCCUGAUUUCCCUGGAGCUGGGAGUGAGGCUUUUCUUGGCUCACAGUAUGGUCCUCCCCCCACCACUUACAAAUCUGAAACAUUGAGGUAUGGGUUGGCCCCAAAUUACAACUCCCAGGGUGCUUUGUCAGAACUAACUUGUGGUAUACCAACCAUUCUAACUGGUCGGUCACUCUUCAGCACUCAGCUUCCACAGCAGUACUUGGGUGCAGAAGGGUCAUUGCAGGCUUCAUCCUAUCAUAUAGGGCCCCUGGCUGGACCGUAUGGUGUGCCAGCUGUGAUGACUGGUGCUAACUCACAAAUUGCACAUACACAUGUCCCUGGAUCAAAAGGUUUACCAUCUGUCUAUAUGACUGCUGGCCAACAUCCUCAUCAGUACCCCCUGAGCAAACCUUAUGGACAGCCCAGCAUGGCGGCAUGGUCUGCACGAGAUCUGGCUGAUCUGAGAACCCAAGUGGUUGUCCCAGAUGAGCUGAAGUUUCCUGGUGCAUGUUGUGUGGGCAUUGCCUGCCAGACAUCACUCAGCAUCUUUAACCCCUCCGAACGCUGGCAACAGGUGGCCAUAUCUAUAGUAAAUCUGUCCAUCGAUGGAGAGAAGGUGGACUCGCUGCCGUACCAGUGGCUGAUUGUGAAGAAUAAGACCAUCAUUGGACCUAAAAGCACAGAAGAGCAGAAGGUGCUGUUGAUUGCUCCAAAAGCUGGCCUCUACCAGUGUACUCUCAGUGUGUCAUCCUGGCCUGCUUCUGCUGAGAGUGAGACAGUGGCACAAGCUGAGGCCUUUGCCAAGAAAGUAGUACUCAUUGCAGUGGCUGAGAACCCAGCAAUAGAAGUGGAUGUUGGCAAGACUGGCUGUCUGGACUUUGGAGACCUGGCAGGAGGCAGUGUUAAGUCCCUGCCUCUUAAAAUGGUCAACAGGACUCGAGCAACUGUGCCCAUACGUCUAGUUAUAAGUGCGAAUGCCUCAGCCUGGCAUUGCUUCAGCUUCUCUAAGAGUCCUGUCACUAUGACAUCAGAUGGCUCUCUCCAUUCUGGUGGGAAUUUGACCUCCAUUUCGGUCAUAAACCAUGUGAUGCAUUCCAGCUGUGGAGAUAAUCCAGACAGCUUUAUGGUGUGGGUUCACUUUACCGCACCUCAGAGAUUCAGUGCAAAAUUAGGUGAAUUAGGCCCGCCAGACGAAUUCAGUGCUCGUGUGGAUAUUGAGGUGGACAACCCUGGCCCCAGUCGCGUGAUCCAAAGUGUUGCUCUCAGAGCAAGGUCUGGGACAGCCAGAGUUCAUGCUCCCAAGGAUCUGCAGACUGUUUGUCUUCAGACUCCACUGGGACAGUCAGCCAGCCAGACUUUGCCAUUAAAGAAUGCAGGCAACAUUGAUGUGCAACUUAGACUGAAGUGUAAUGAUGGUGACAACUGCUUCAUGGUAAAACCUGAAGAGCUACUCCUGCGAACUGGAGAGGAACAGGGAAUUGUUGUUACUUUUACUGCCCAGAGCAACAGAAAAUAUAAAGAGUGUCUGUUGACAAUCUUCGUACUGCCCAGUGGGCCACAAUAUGAGGUUGUCCUGAAAGGAGAGGUGGUCCAGGGGAAUUCUGGGAAUGUGACAUCUGCUCAAGUCUUUGUGCCAAAUGGUGAAGUGCCACCAAUCCUCUCCAACAAGCAGUUCAUGGCCUGGGGAGGAGUCACUCUAGGCAGAGCUGUGCAGCAGAAGCUAAUACUGAGAAACAACUCCCCCACUACAUCACAGCAGCUACGAAUACUUAUCAGAGGUCAGGACCAGGACUGCUUUCAGUUGCAGAGUUCUUUUGGCCCUGAUGAGCAUUUGACUCGUAGCAGAGAGCUAUUAAUUAAACCCAAAGAGGACGUGGCAGUUCACCUUCUUUUCGCUCCCACUCGUGUUGCUUCCAUGCUGGCCAAGCUUGAGAUUAAACAGUCUGCUGUCCGACCCUCUCAACCUGGAGUUAAAUUCACUAUCCCUCUGUCUGGUUAUGGAGGCACAAGUAAUGUGAUUUUGGAGGAAUUAAGGAAACGUUCUGAUGGUUAUGUGGCCACACUGAGCGGCAUUCAGAAAGGCAGAGUCAGCAAACUUUGUGUGUGCGUGCGAAACACAGGCUCCAGAGCUGCAUUUAUUCGAGCUGUCCCAUACAGUGACCUGGAGAAGCGCACAGUCAUGGACUCUGCCGUUAUCAGCCUGUCACCAUCACAGUUUAUACUGAAAGAAAGGACGCAAGAGGUGAUUACAGUGGUGAUGAAGGCAUCGUGUAGGGAGCAGGCUCUCUGCCAGACACACACUGCUCUCCUUGCCACCAUCUGCCUCUUCUGUGGAGAUGAGGUCUCUCGCCAGCAAUUCAGGAAGUUACUACGCAUCAAGCCUGAUGUAGGCAAAAAAGUGCUGUCUGAAAACAGCUUACUAAAGAGCAUCUCCUUUGAUGAGCCUUUCCUUGGUGAGGAAUUGAUUCAGGAAGCCUGUGACCUCCCCCAGAGGCCGAAUGAGGCUCAAGUUUUCUAUGGAAACAUGAGUAAGGUUAUCCUGUCACUACUGGGUACAGUGGAAACCGCUGCUUUAGCAGCGAGUGAUCAUAUUGAGUUUGUCAGAGCCUUACAGCACCAUGCCAUGGAUUCAGAUAGUGGUCUGGGGACUUCAGAGCGUCACUUCAGUAAUGUUUCCCUGGACGUUCUUCCAGUAAAAGGGCCACCGCUGUGUGCGUCAGAACCUGCGCUCAAACGGACUGAGUCUUCUGUGGACAACACCUGGAGUGUCCAGCCUGAACAGCUGGUCCUCAGUGCACCCACCAUCACUGGUGUAGCUGAUACCAAGCAUGUGCGGAUCCUGAACUGUUCAGAUCGUGAACUGAGAUUUGAGCUCUCCUGGCCUGCCCACUGCCUGACCAUCACUCCUCAACAUGGCAUCAUUGAGCCCCAGAGCAACUUGCAAAUAUUAAUUAGCCCAAACCCCUCAUUGGCAACCAAAACUUCUAUGCUUCCAUGGAGUGGCCAGAUAUAUGUCCAAUGUGACAAUCAGCAGAAGUUUAUCAGAGUGCAGAUCCGUCAGGACCUGGCUAUGGACAUCUCUGCUGCUGGCUCGUCCUCGGACCACUCCCUCUGCCCCCUGCCACCCCAGGCGGAAACCCCUGUUGGCUCAGGUCUCAAAGCCCAGUGCAGCAGCCCUCAGACUAGCGUGGAAAUUAAGAACCGCACAGUGGUCUUUCCCUCCACCUGCUCUGGAGAGUCCUCAGAGUAUUCUGUGGAGGUGGAGAACCAUGGGGAAGAAGUUAGGUGGUACCUUUCAUCUUUUGCACCUCCAUAUGUCAAGGGUGUAGAUGGAAGUGGAGAUGUUUAUCGGGCCACGUAUACAGCAUUCAGAUGCGAGAGAAUGUCUGGGAUGCUUGGGGUCAAAGAAAAGAUGCAGGUGCCGUUUACAUUUCUCCCGCGGGACGGGGGGGACUAUGCUCAGUUUUGGGAUCUUGAGUGUCACCCAGUGACCAAACCACAGCAAAAGAGCCGCAUCCGGUUUCAGCUCUGUGGCAUGGGCAUAAGAGCAGGCGCAGGGACAAGCCGUAAAGAAGACUGCACUCUAGUACGGACAGACGUCAAUGUGAAGAGCAGGACGAGAGUGGAGUCUGCAGGCUCGAAGACAGGUACGGAGCCCUCCAGGAGAGGAGUGUACGCCCCUCAGAGUCUCUACACGUUCCCUGCCACACGUGUGGGUGAGGUCAGCACAUUGAAGGUCAACUUUCGAAACAACUCUUGUGAUACACAUGAGCUAAGAUUUUUAAGUCCUUCAGAGCCUUUCUACAUCAAGCAUUCCAAAUAUUCUUUAAGGACACAGCAUUAUAUCAACCUUCCUGUGCAGUUCAAACCGACUGCUAUAGGCCAGUUCACCAGCUUGCUGCUUGUUCAGACAGACACAGACGUUAAGCUUGCCAUAGAGCUCUCUGGUGAAGCUUUACCGUAACAGUCACAAACAUUGAUUGCUUAUUUAAGUAUUCUGUUCAUUUCCUCUCCACUUGGUUAGUGUGAGGCAAAAAGUGGGUAAGUGGAUGUGUAGUGAUGUACCUUUUGAGGAAAGUGGGGCUUUUUUUCAAUUCAGUCUAGACAUUAAAUAUAGAAUAAGCUUUAAUAUUGCACUAACCCAUAAUCCAGUAUGCCUAAGGGGAAGCCAUUAGCAUUAAUUAGGUCACUGGUUUUAUCCAUGCUAUGUGAUUCAGUACCAUUUCUUGCCUUGAUGAGGAACAUUUGAACAGUACAUCUUAUUUUAUAUUAGUAACACUUGUAAAUUUGAAUGUUGUGUGGUAUUUGUUACUUACAAACCAUACAUCACUAAUACAGAAUAACCUGUCUAAAAUUGGGAACUCAAAACUUAAAUUUGUUGAACAUUUUGUACAACACCCUGUAAAUGUAUUAUUUAUUUUAAAAUUCAAAAUAAAGAUUGAUUCAUGUUGGA